AUAACUGCACGCCAGAUCCCCCAACCCGAAGGAGAACGCUCUAAGGAUUCUGCUUCGUUGCAUCGGAAUCUCUUUCAUCCUUCUAUCCUCUCUCUGCUUUCCUCAUUCACAACCGCCUCUGCUCAGUACCAGGUGCUGGAACUGUGCCCUAACGGCACUCUAUACGACUUCUUGCACUCGCGAAGCCCACCUGUGCUCUCAGAAGCCGAGCUUCGGAGCAUCCUCAAGAGUCUCAUCGCUGCCCUGGUCUAUCUCAAGAAAUCUCUUGUUAUACAUAGGAAUAUACAACCGAGUAAUAUCCUCCUUGGGGAAGACUUUCGUGUCAAAUUAGCCGACUUUCAUCUGGCUAUUCAGGUUGAAUCACCAGCCUCCAACGCGACAGAUUUUGGCAAUUCAUCUAAUUAUGCAUCGCCGGAGCUUGUCAAUAACUCCCCGUACGGCUUCGGGGCGGACUUGUGGUCACUGGGGGCACUCAUGGUAACCUGUCUGUCUGGCAAGCCAGCAUUUGAGGCCCCCACUAUCGAGGGAACGCUCGCUAAAAUUAUGCAAGGGGCAUACGUAAUGCCUGACACGGCUUCAUACGAAGCAAAGGACCUUGUUUCCGGCUUGCUGCAGCAAGAACCCGCCCACCGUAUCCCCCUGCAUAGGAUCUUAUCCCAUCCUUUC